AUGGGUAACAUGGAUGCAGUGACUUAUGAUGAUGUCCAUGUGAACUUCACUGGGAAAGAGUGGGAUUUGCUGAAUCCUUCCCAGAAAAGUCUCUAUGAAGAUGUGAUGCUGGAGACCUACCAGAACCUCACUGCUACAGGCUACAAUUGGGAAGACCAUCACAUUGAAAAACAUUGUCAAAGUUCUAGAAGACAUGAAGUCUCCAAAAACAAAAGAACGCAUAUUGGAGAGAAACCUUAUCAAUGUAAUCAAUGUGGGGAUUACAGUUACAUGAUUGGAUGA